GAGUAAAAAUUUGUUUGACAGGGCAUCAGGGAGAGAGGAGGCGGUGGGCGGCAUGCAAGGGGGGAAGACGUGCAUCCCCAUCGACUAAACCACUGACACUUUAUUUUAUUAAAACAUAAAAAAUCCGUUUAGCUGUAAUCUUUGCACUACCGUGCAGCGUGAGGGGUCUAAAAAGGCGAGGGAUUCUUUUUCCGUGGUGAAGCUCAGCAACAGGGCAGAGUGCACGAUGCCGCUGAACACGGGGAGCUCCCGCCACUAGCACCGGCGCCUCGCCGCUAAACUGCGGAAUAAACCGAAAUGCGAAUGGUGAGAGGAAGAACAAGUGGAGGAGAAUCCAAACCAUGUAGCUUCCCCGCCUCGUCCCGCACAGCCCCGAGAACAGGAGCAGAAAGCAGAUAGCUAGCUAAGCUAACCGGCUUUAAUUGGCGUCAUACAAAGUUACUCGUGGCCAGAGCAAGUAGCCUGUUAGUUCGGCUGAGACAAAAGGAACUGCAUUUUUUUUUUGCUUUCUACAGCCGGUGCCAAAGAAGACAGAGGGGUCAAGAAUGUUACGGAGAACGCUAAAUCGUCUGUUUGGUGGUGAUGAGAAUAGAGUGGACAGCAGGACCAUUUACGUAGGACAUCGCACAUGUCCGGCCACCGAGGCCUUCAUCCCUCCUAAAUUCUGCGACAACAGGAUAGUGUCUUCCAAGUACACAAUAUGGAACUUCCUGCCAAAGAACCUGUUUGAGCAGUUCAGAAGAAUCGCCAAUUUUUACUUCCUUAUUAUAUUUUUGGUGCAGGUUAUUGUGGACACCCCAACCAGCCCUGUGACCAGCGGCUUACCACUGUUUUUUGUGAUAACAGUGACAGCGAUCAAACAGGGUUAUGAGGACUGGCUGCGGCACAAAGCAGACAACGAAGUGAAUAAGUACCAAGUGAGAGUGCUGGAAAACGGUCAUCCAGCGCUGAAGGAGAGUGAGAAGAUCAAGGUGGGUGAUAUAGUGGAGGUUGUGGAGGAUGAGACCUUUCCCUGUGACCUCAUUUUGCUGCAUUCCAGUCGAGACGAUGAUACGUGCUUCGUCACCACAGCCAGCCUGGACGGGGAGUCCAACCAUAAAACACAUUACACUGUGCCAGAUACAGAGAAAGAUUUGCAGUCUCUCAUUGCUACCAUCGAGUGUGAGCAGCCUCAGCCUGACCUCUACAAGUUUGUGGGACGGAUGCACAUUUACAAGCCCGAGCAGGAGUCACCCGUAAGAUCAUUAGGCCCAGAGAAUCUGCUGCUGAAAGGUGCAACCUUAAAAAACACCAAGAAGAUAUAUGGUGUCGCGGUGUACACAGGCAUGGAGACAAAAAUGGCUCUCAACUACCAGGGCAAGUCUCAGAAACGCUCAGCUGUAGAGAAGUCUAUCAAUGCUUUCCUCCUGGUUUAUCUGAGCAUCCUGAUCAGUAAAGCAGUGGUGUGCACCACACUGAAGCACAUAUGGCAAAACCGUGAAGGACCUGACCGAGCCUGGUACAACCAGGAAACCCAGAAAGAGAAGAAUACUAAUUUGUAUCUGAAGAUGUUUACAGACUUCCUUUCCUUCAUGGUGCUCUUCAACUUCAUCAUCCCUGUAUCCAUGUAUGUCACUGUGGAGAUGCAGAAGUUCCUGGGCUCCUUCUUUAUCACCUGGGAUAAGGAUUUCUAUGACCCAGAGAUUCAGGAGGGGGCGCUGGUCAAUACGUCAGACCUCAACGAGGAGCUCGGGCAGGUGGAGUACAUUUUCACGGACAAGACGGGGACGCUGACCCAGAACAACAUGGAGUUUAUUGAGUGCUGUAUAGAUGGCUUUCAGUAUAAGAACACAGAGUCCCGGAGUGAGGUUGAUGGGUUCUGUGUGACUGACGGGCCAGUGAACAAACUGUAUCAGAAAGCUGGGCAUGAGAAGGAAGAGCUUUUCCUGCGGGCUCUGUGUUUGUGUCACACAGUGCAGGUGAAGGAGGCAGGGCCAGAUGAGGUUGACGGCGACCAGAUAGAUGGCUUGGACGGAGAACAUUCCCAGCAUGCCGAGCAGACGGGAUUCAUUGCAUCCUCCCCAGAUGAGGUUGCUUUAGUAAAAGGAGCCAUGCAAUACGGGUUUACCUUCAUGGGGUUGGAGAGUAAAACGAUGAAGAUCAGAAAUAGGCAAAACGACAUAGAACUAUACGAGUUGCUUCACGUGCUCAACUUUGACCCUGUGCGGCGGAGAAUGAGUGUCAUAGUCAGGACCAAGAUGGGUGAGACACUGCUUUUUUGCAAAGGGGCAGAUUCCUCCAUCUUUCCCAGGGUUAUGCCAGAUGAGGUGGACAGAAUCCGCAUGCAUGUUGAACGCAACGCUACGGAAGGCUAUAGGACUCUCUGUGUGGCCUAUAAACUGUUGAGCCCAGAGGAGUAUACUGCAGCGGACACCAGUCUAAGGGAAGCUCGACUGGCUCUGCAGGAUCGUGAGGAGAAGCUCAUGGCUGUGUAUAACCAGGUGGAGACAGGCAUGAGCCUGAUUGGAGCUACAGCAGUAGAGGACAGAUUACAGGAAGAGGCUGCAGAGACGAUGGAAGCCCUACAUGGAGCUGGGAUGAAAGUGUGGGUUCUCACUGGAGACAAGAUGGAGACGGCCAAGUCCACAUGCUAUGCUUGCCGCCUGUUCCGGAGUGGCACAGAGCUGCUGGAGCUGACUGUACGCACGCUGGAGGAAGGAGGGAGAAAGCGUGAAGACCGACUCCAUGAGCUCCUUCUGGACUACCACAAGAGGGCAGUGAAGGACGCACCGCCUGUCAAAGCUGGAAUCACCAGGAGCUGGUCCUCAGCCAGUCAGGAAUAUGGCUUCAUCAUAGACGGAGCCGCACUGUCCUUAGUAAUGAACACAUCUCCUGAUGCAAACUCCAGCCGCUACAAGAGCCUCUUCCUGCAGAUCUGCCAGAACUGCACAGCUGUUCUCUGCUGCCGCAUGGCACCACUGCAGAAAGCACAGAUAGUGAAAAUGGUGAAGAAUUCUAAAGGCUCUCCCAUCACCCUAUCCAUUGGAGAUGGUGCCAAUGAUGUCAGUAUGAUCCUGGAAGCUCAUGUGGGCAUUGGUAUAAAGGGUAAAGAGGGGAGGCAGGCAGUCAGAAACAGUGAUUAUGCCAUCCCUAAACUGAAACACUUAAAGAAGCUAUUAUUGGUGCAUGGCCACCUCUACUACGUCCGUAUCGCCCACCUCGUGCAGUACUUCUUCUACAAGAACCUCUGUUUCAUUUUACCUCAGUUCCUGUACCAGUUCUUCUGUGGUUGCUCUCAACAGCCCCUGUACGAUGCAGCCUAUCUGACGAUGUACAACAUCUGCUUUACCUCCAUGCCUAUCCUGGCAUACAGUCUGCUGGAGCAGCACAUAGCCAUUGAGGUCCUCCUACAUAAUGCCACGCUCUACAAAGAGAUUGCAAAGAACGCUAUGUUAAGGUGGCGUCCCUUCCUCUGCUGGACCAUAUUGGGGAUUUUCCAGGGGCUUCUCUUUUUCUUUGGUGUCAAAUAUCUGUACAACAACCCUGCACUGCAGGACAACGGCCAGGUGUUUGGAAAUUGGUCCUAUGGAACAACAGUUUUUACAGUCCUCGUUUUUACUGUUACACUAAAGCUGGCCUUGGACACACGGCACUGGACGUGGAUCAACCACUUUGUGAUCUGGGGCUCGCUGGCCUUCUAUGUGUUCUUCAGCUUUUUCUGGGGAGGCAUAAUCUGGCCAUUCCUGAGACAGCAGCGGAUGUACUUUGUCUUUGCUAACAUGCUCAGCUCGGUGUCAGCCUGGCUGGUCAUCAUCCUUCUCAUCCUCCUCAGUCUCCUUCCUGAAAUUCUACUGGCAGUCCUGCGUAAACCCAAGGGCCCCCGUGCUCAACAGAAGAAGUCGGCUCUCUCGGGUGCAGGGGACAGCCUGUCCUCCCGAUCUUCAGCCAGGCCUCUGCUCAUGAGAACCUUUUCAGACGAGUCCAAUACUGUCAUAUGAACAGCUGUCAGCGGAGACCCUCCUUCAUACAGACAGAUCACCACCAUCACCAUAUUGUCGUACAAGCUUCUGAAGGAACGCUACUGAAGGGCGUGGAAAAGCCUGAAGGAAAGAUCCGCAAGGCUGCCUGUCCUCCUGCCUGGUCAAAAACGGACAAGAAAACGGGAGCAACCAAACGAAAAUGAAUCAAACCAACAAAGCCUUUCCAUACCAGGCCUGGAUCCAGCAGACUGACAGCCCUCUGGCUCUUAUUUCACUUUGUUCCUUCUUCAGUCUUUUUCCAUAUGACUUCACAUAUGCACACUGUGUCGCUGGUCCUCACAGCAUGUGCCACUUUUCGACCACCAUGUUUCAUGAUCCAUCCAACAUUUCUUGCUCACCAGUGGGAACAGCUCUCACCAGUGCCACAUUCCCUUAUCAUCCCAGUAUCCCAUCUUUCCUUCCAGGUUUCUGGUCUAGCUAAUGUCUGACGUUUAAGAUUGUGGGCUUUCUCGAAGAUGCUGUAUUGAUGGCCCUGACCCUACUGGUUUACAAAGCUGCCUUUCAACAACAUGCUGUGUGUGAGUUAAGAGAGAGGUUGUGCAUGUGUUUUCCUGGUGUGUGUGUGUGUGUGUGUGUGUGUGUGUAUGUGUGGUCAAGAGGCAUAUUCAAGUGUGGAAACUUUUCUUUAGUUCUCUGUCAUAUAUUUGGGAGUAGAUUAUAGUUUCUAAUGAUGCAGGGAUCACUUGAGACAUCAGAUUACGGAUUACUGAUUGUUAAUAAGUGGAUGUGUAUUUCCGUCACGUGUUUGCUGGAAACCAAAAAAAAAAAGUCUUCUGGAGUGCCUGCUCUCCAUAGCCUGUCCUGCAUGUGUGAUGAUGUUUGUAUGUGUGAGGUAACACAUAUUCAAUCAGAGUGUGGAAAAUAGUGCACAGUGUGUCUCUCUGUACUGGCCCACGCUCAGUUUUUCUCUUUAUUGUUAUUUUUGCCUUUAACACGAGCAUAGCAUUUGUCUUUGGCUCCUUGGUUCUGUCCUUUCCUUCUUUGCGCUUCUUCAUACAUUCCAUUUCUAUGUGCCAUGGUUUCAAUCACUUUCUCAAUUCUUACGGAGUUUCCUUUUGGACUGUGUGAAUCAUUGACAUAUUUAUUUACGUAGUUUUAGUCACAAAGGUUAUAUUUUUAUGAGGUGUAUCUUUUUAUCAUCAGGAACGGUAGGUUUAGCCUGUGUAAUCCCACAUGCUGGGUUAAUUGGAUGUUUGAGAGCAGGGAUAGCUGUUCGAUCAGCGCUUCACACGUUACUGGCUCGGUUUAAAGUCGGAGUGGUGCACGAGGUCACAUCUCAAUACGCCCUUUAACGAAAGCUGAAUGAUGUAUUUAUGUACUUGCUAGUAGCCCAAAGUGGGCAUGAAGAACCAAUUUUUGGCAUGUUGUAUUUUAAAAAAAAUAUCAAAUUGGUCAUGUUUCGAAAUCAUUCAGAUCUGGAAGGCAGCGUGCAGCUCAACCCGAAUUUAAACCAGUUGUAUGUGCAUUACUGUGAGAGCAGUGGCGUGUGUUAGACCUCUGACUGUGUCAUGAUGCCAGGCAUCUUAAGCCCAGAUUUCAGUUAGCCUACGAGCACUUUCUAAUUCUGUCAUUAAUUGCUAUUUUGUGAAAAGAAUAUACGUAAAAGCUCUAUACUGUAUUUUUUAUUUAAUUUGUUUGAUGAUUUAUUUGGUCUGGGUUACACAGCCAUUUAGCAGCAACAUUCUGAGAUAGUCUUUAUUAGUCUGAGUCACAGUGCAUGUGUGUACAACGCACACAUACACCAGGCCUGGAUGUUUGUGUGUGUGUGUGUGUGUGUGUGUGUGUGAGAUUGUGUGUGUGAGACUGUGUGUACUCGGAAUGGGUGAACGGGACCUGCUUGCAAUGUUUCAAAUACCUUUAAGUUACAUCAGAGAUGCUAUUUUCACAGCUUAUAACUGUUUGAUUGUCAUACCUGCCUGAAAACAAGAAAAAAAAACAUUGACUGUAUUUUUAAUGCACCCUUUUCCAAGCUGUUUUGUAAGAAAAUGGGGGGAAAUUUGUCCAAAAAAAAAAAGAUUUAAGACUGAGGGUGAAAACUAAGUGUCAGGAUGUGGUGCUGAUUGGAGUCAGCACAAGCUACGGCAGCCAUGUCCUCUAUGUCAGGACCCUCAGGCUCUGACCCUCUGAGCUGAAUGUACCUCUUUAACACCAGUCUGUUCCAAAAAAAAAAUCUUUAUAUAAUAAAAC